GCUGAGUCACUAGAGCUCCUGCACUCAUUUACAGAGGCUGGAGGCGGGGAGGGAGUAUUCAUUAUACUGACCCCUGGAGCCUCUUCCUCCCACUUUCCUUCCUACUAAAUCCUGUCGAACACAGACAGAAAUAGACUGAGCAGAAGGAGCAGACCACAUAGCUCCUCGAGAGUUUCAGCACACGGGACUGGCAUCGCCACUCUUCUGUGGGAUUCUUACUCUGAACAGCCAAACAACCGCAAUGUCCGGAACCUUUACCACCUGUGUAUGUGGCUUACUGGGAAUUCUCAUCUGGGGAACAGGUGCUGACGACUGUCCCAUUGAAAUCGACCCCCCUGCAGUGGUGGUGAAAUAUGGAGACCCAGUAUCAGUGAACUGCACUGUGUUCACAGAGCACGUGGGGAUGGGCUGGGUGGCUAAACAAAACCUUGUACCAAACCAGCCAGGUGUCCAGUCUCUCCUCUGGACUGUUGAAAAUCUGACAGUGUGGGAUAUAAACCCUCAGUGCUUUGCAAAUUUUGAGGGAGUUCCUCAGUGUUUGAAAAAAGUGUCAGUCACCGUGUACAACACUCUAGAUAGUGUCUCCAUCAGAUCUGAGAACCACACUGGCCCUUUGGUGGAGGGGUAUCCAUACAUGUUGGUGUGUGAGGUCCCGAAUGUGGCUCCAGUUCAGAACCUCAGAGUGAAGUGGUACAAAGGCAUUGAGGUAGUGGACAUAACCUUGUAUCCUGGAGAAUCCAAGACACCUGUGAAUGUGUCCUCCACCCUCCUGAUCACCCCUAAUAGAACAGAUGAUGGAGCUCAGUACAAGUGUGUGGCAGAGCUGCAGUUGGGACCAGGAGGACCACAACCCCCUCCUAAAGUGGAAUCAGAACUGUUCAAUAUCACAGUGCACUAUAAGCCUUACAUCACCGAAUGUCCUGACCAUAAGGAGGUGGAGGAGAAUUCCCCCCUGAGCACUGUCCUCUGCAAUGUUAAGAGUAACCUUGAAUAUUCGAUCAAAUGGCAAAGAUAUGAGCAAGACAUCAAUGCCUCCCUUCCCCUGACCAAGACUGAUGCGGGAGAGUAUAUCUUUACAGCGAAGAAUGUUAUUGGCAGCGUCAUCAAGCUACUCAACAUCACAGUAGGGUAUCCACCGGAAUUCAACUGCACUAAGAGGUUCGGAGUGUGGGCCAAUGAAAGCCUGAAAUCAAUGUGCACUGUAAAGGCGUAUCCUGAACCUACCAUCACCUGGCUGAAGGACAGAGAAAAGAUGAACCCUGCAACCACUUUGACCAAGAGGGACGGAGGACAGUAUAUUGUAACUGCCAGCAACACCUAUGGAACUGUUAAUCAAACACUGGAAUUUAAAAUUUUUGGUGCUGAUGACUGUCCCAUUGAAAUCGACCCCCCUGCAGUGGUGGUGAAAUAUGGAGACCCAGUGUCAGUGAACUGCACUGUGUUCACAGAGCACGUGGGGAUGGGCUGGGUGGCUAAACAAAACCCUGUACCAAACCAGCCAGGUGUCCAGUCUCUCCUCUGGACUGUUGAAAAUCUGACAGUGUGGGAUAUAAACCCUCAGUGCUUUGCAAACUUUAAGGGAGUUCCUCAGUGUUUGAGAAAAGUGUCAGUCACCGUGUACAACACUCCAGAUAGUGUCUCCAUCAGGUUUGAGAACCACACUGGCCCUUUGGUGGAGGGGCGUCAAUACAGGCUGGUGUGUGAGGUCCAGAAUGUGGCUCCAGUUCAGAACCUCAGAGUGAAGUGGUACAAAGGCAUUGAGGUAGUGGACAUAACCUUGUAUCCUGGAGAAUCCAAGACACCUGUGAAUGUGUCCUCCACCCUCCUGAUCACCCCUAAUAGAACAGAUGAUGGAGCUCAGUACAAGUGUGUGGCAGAGCUGCAGUUGGGACCAGGAGGACCACAACCCCCUCCUAAAGUGGAAUCAGAACUGUUCAAUAUCACAGUGCACUAUAAACCCAAUAUUACGUCAGUACCCUCGAUCGUGCCAGUGAUCAGGGGAUACAGCGAGGUGUUGCAGUGCACGGCCGAAGGACACCCUCCUCCAACCAUAAACUGGUUGUUCAAGGGCAAGCGUGUGGCAACGAACGGCACCUACAGUGUCUCUGGAACAGCAGACAGAGUAGGAAACUACACCUGCAUUGCCAGAAACUCUGAAGGGCACAGUGCGAGAGAAGUGCUUGUAGUUCUCAAAGAGGAUUACCUCCCCCUCAUUGCUGGUCUGGUUGCGGUUGCGGUUGUGGUGAUUUUGGUCAUCUUCACCAUGAUCUUCUGCAUCUACUACAAGAGCACCAAGAUGGGCCACUACAACCUGAAGGACAGAAAGCCUUGCACCCAGAAUGGCAACGUGGCUCAGAAUGGCAGAGACAGCACUUUUCCCAUGAAGGUGCUCAGCAUAUGGGUCUAGAGGACUGAGGGCCUGGAUUGGUCUCUCUCAACGCCGGAGUGCUGUGCACAAAGCAGGCCAGGCCGGGACCCAUCUCUUUCACGUGGCGCACAGGGACCAGUGGGGGUUACAUGCUCGUUUCUGGUUCUUGUACAGAUGACAGGGACUCCUCCCCAGUUCCCCCCAGGAGACACACCUCUCUGCUAUUGUCUCCUCCAUGUGUGCCCCGUCUUCCAGUCAUUCGUCCGAACAUACGACCUGCUAAUAUGGUCACGUGACUCUUGGUCUGUGCGUAUUAGUCAUCACUGUAAUGGCCAAACAUACUUUUGGUGGAAAUUCCCCACACUAAGACAUCUCAGUUAGAAAAUGAAGGACAGAUAAAACUAUUUUUGUCUUUUUUAUUUUAAUAAUUUCAUAUCGCAUUGCAUAUUGCCCAUCUGAGACUGGCUGAAUACAAACUGGAAUUUCCUCCGUUUCAUGCUGAGUGUUUCUGAAAGCCAUACUUGAAAUCUGUCUAGCCCGCUUACACACCAAAUGUAGUGUCUUUAAUAAUAUCUGUAUUACCCUGCAAGCAAUAUUUGUGUCUACAUGGUGAUCAGGAAUCGUUUACUCUGAGUUUUAUGCAUCUACUCAUGUGAUAAACAUUGG